AUGCCUCCAAAGAAGAAGCUUACCUUAAAAAGGCCCAAUAGUGAGGAUUCUGAAAUCACGGGAGUUUCGGCUGACUCCGUUGUAUCCUCUGGUGGCCCAAGCAAUGGCUCAAAAAAACCGAGGACCUCCUCCUCCAAGAGUCGUUCCAGUGCAACCAGUGGAACCAAUGGAACCAAUGGAACUAGUGUGAUUAGCGGAACCAAUGGUACCGGUGGAACUAGCGCUGCCGUAUUGCAGAGACGGCGGGAGGGUAGAAUAAGAGCCAUGGAAAGAUUACAAACCAAAUUGAAUGAGCUGGGAAUAAGAAGAGUUGAUGACGAAAACCGGUUGAACUUCUCAUCUAUUACAUCAAUACAGUUUAUCAAUCAAAAAAAUUACUUUACAGACUACUUAAAGCGUGAUGAGCAGUUUCGAAUGAUUCGACAAAUGAAAGAACGGGUGUUCGAAAGUCGUCAGGCCAAAAAGAAAAAACAGAACAAUGAUAAGAUGAAGAAUCAAGACAUUAUUGCCAAAUUGAAGCACACUCCUAGUGUCGGGAGUAUGACCUCAUCUGCGGUCAACUCUAGUGGAACGGAGGAUGAUGAUGAUGAUGCCGAUGAUAAUGGUGGGGAAGGAGUCAUUAUAUUUCAUCCAGGAUCUGAAAAUAUACGAAUUGGACGGUCUACCGAUGUCAAUCCUAUCAUUGUCAAGAACAUCGUGGCUUAUAAGCUACCAGAGGGAAAAAAGAGUGACUAUUCAUCCACUGUAGAUCCUUCAAGGGAGCUUGACUCUGAGGGCGACAUCAUCAUUGACGAUCCAAAAUACCUGAAGAAUAAGAAGGCUAUCACAACCAGUUUUAAGGAGAGGAUGAGAUUCUAUAAAAGAAGAAUUGUGCCUAAUUCUCACGAAGCUUGCUACUCUUACAACAAGCAAGUGCGGCCUGAGAUUGUGCCUGACCACAAUGAUAUUCAUAAGGUUGAAUAUUUGCAAACCGAAGAGAUUAAAGAGAAUUACGUCAUCGGUGAAGAUGUAUUCAGAUUACAAAACUUGAAUAGAUGGCUUGUCAGGUCACCGUUUCUUGCCAGAGGUUUCAAUGAUAAUGAUUUAAGCUACGACACUCCCACAGAGAUUUUGGGUGAUAUCGAAUUGAUUUUAAUGGACACCUUAAGGAAAAAGUUUGGUAUUGGGAGCAAGAAGGACUUAGCAUCCUAUAACUGUAUCUUUGUCAUCCCGAAUAUGUACCACAAGUCUUACGUGGAGACUAUGGUUGAUUUCUUAUUAAAUACAAUGGGAUUCUCCCAGAUCGCUCUAAUUGAGGAAGGAUUGGCUGCGACCUUUGGUUCUGGUAUCAGUACCGGAUGUGUUAUUGAUGUUGGCGCUGCCACCACAAAAGUUUGCUGUGUUGAAGAGGGAAUGAUUAUUCCGAACUCUCAAAUCGUGUUGAACUAUGGAUCCAAUGAUAUCACAAGGUUUUUCAUCAAGAACUUGUUGGCGCAGCAGUUUCCUUAUAAAGAGAUCAACUUGAAUGAUUGGAAUGAUUGGAAGCUUGCUAAUGAGUUAAAGCAGAAUUUCGUUACUUUCAACGAUGUCAACGUGGCUGUUCAAGGAUUCAGUUUUGUGAGUCGCAAACCGGGAAGGGAGGUCGAGAAAUUCCAAUUUAAAGUGUUUGACGAGGUGAUGGUGUCGCCAAUGGCAUUAUUUUAUCCCGAUGCAUUUAUCGAAGACGACAAAGACGCGGGCAGCGGAGUUAUUUUAGGCAAGUAUGGUCCAAACAAGGUGAUUCGUAGGAGAGGACUUUUUGAGAAUCGGGCAGGAAUAUUUGAAGGAUUUGAAAAUGAUGAUCCUAUGUCGUUGUUGCAGCAGAUGGAGGGAGAAGGAAAAUUGAUUAGUGAAAUGGAUUUGAAGGAGAUCGUGAAUUUACUGUUAGUUCUGGGUAACGGUGAGGAUGGCAGUUACGGAGGGUUAAUGCCUUCGCAGCGUAAAGAGUACAGUGAUGAUUGGCAUGAUACAACCGGCACGAAUUCUGAGCGUAAGAAUAUGACCGCGUUAGAUGAGGCAGUGUUGGAAUCAAUCACAAUGGCUGGAUAUGACAAUACGGAAAGAUUGACCACGUUGUACGGGAACAUCUCCCUUAUUGGAGGAGGAUCCAAAAUAGAAGGGUUUGAUCAGAUGCUACUUGAUCGACUGAAUAUUACACGGUCACCAAUUCUAGCUUCCAACAAGUUGGCGACAAUUGUAGAUCUAGUUAGGGGGUGGAAGGAGGAUUGGACAACGACAGAAAAAAAAAAGAGAGAGAAACUGGAGCAAGCAGGUAAGAAUGCAGAUAAAUUGAAAGAAGAGAAGUUUGAAUUGACUAAGUCUCAAUUACAGAGAAUCUCCAAUGUGGUGAACAAUUCCCAACUCCUCCCUAUAGAGAUCUUAGUCAAUGCUAACGUGGAUCCGUCGACAUUGAGUUGGAAAGGAGGUUCAGUGUUUGCAAGAUUAAAGAUCCUAGAUGAGCUUUGGCUUAACCAGAUGGAUUGGGAUCGACUAGGUUCCCGGGGUUUAAAUUACGUUAGUAUGUUUAGCUAUUAG